AAGUGUUCGAGCCCUAACAACUGUUAACCAAUCAUCCCAACCUCCUCCAAUUAUUUCGACGUGUCUCAUGGCCUAAUGUAUAAUGUCGUGUCACUGAACUCGCGACCCAUUUUUGGCCCAGACUCGCUCGUUGUCUAUGAAUAUGGAGGCUUGGUUAUGUUGAAAAACUGGUUCAUAAAGCAUUGAUCCAGUAUCCAGCGUCUGCUAAGAACAUGUUUGUCUAGUUCUCUUGUUUCAUUUUCAACCCUACGCUCUUUAUCUCAGCAGACCCUACCCUCCUUUAAGUUAAAUACGGGAUACAAUUCAUACUAGGUGCGCUAGUUAAGUAGUUUAAGAACAAUGCCAUUCAUUCCAAAUACCCCCGAGUCCCGGUUGGGCCGCUCCGAUUCCAAGAAUCCAGACACGACAUGCCGAGGCAUCACUUCAGGUGGUCGUCCUUGUCGACGGCCAUUGAACUCUUCUCCGGGCUCGUCGCCGCUACCUCCUCCGCCUAAAAUCGAUAGACUGCGUGUUGACGACCCUCGAAAUGCCGACCUUUACUGCUGGCAACAUAAAGAUCAAGCAAUCUCAUCUUCAAAAUCCAGUCCGGGACCGAGGUCGAAUAUUACACCCAUCCUCGAAUCCCGUCAAAGCUUGGAGAGUCUUAUUGAUCGUCUUGGAAUAGUCGAGGCACAUAAGCAAGGGAAAAGACCAACAAAUAACCACUACGGCGAGAAGAUAGGUACACAUCCACCAAGAAGACCGAAGACGAAGCAAUCGAGCCUCUGCUGCUGUUUCACAAUCACCGAAGAAGUAGAGGAGGAGCUUCCAGCACGACCACAACCCAGGCCGCUACAAAGUGCACCUGCGAAACCCAUGUAUUCUAGGCCACCGCCCAACCAGCAUCUCGUACCUCCUCCUGCGCAGUCACGACCAAGUGGCGAUUCUUUAAGACCGCACUCGAACCAGUCCGAUACAUCACAAACGGCACAAUACUUAUCCUUGAUCCCGGCGACGGCAUCACCGCAAACGGCCUCGCAGCUCAUGGCAGAACUAGCCAAACCCAUCUCGCAGCAAGAUGAAGCCGGUUAUAUCUAUAUUUUCUGGCUAACACCGGAAUCUCAACCGUCAACCCCUCCGGCAGAGGCAGCUAAAUCCCUCUUAUCUCCGCCCCGCCCAGACGGCGGUCGUCAACGACGAACAAGCGACGUGAUGGAGUCUUUCGCUGUUAAGGAUAGCAAGACUACUGGAUCGUCCAAGAAAAUACUUCUGAAAAUCGGUCGGGCGUCUAAUGUUCAACGACGUCUCAACGAAUGGACACGCCAGUGCGGUUAUAACAUAUCGCUCAUCCGUUACUAUCCUUACGUCUCUUCGUCCCAGCCAGCGGAGCCUCGGAAGAUGCCCCAUAGUCACAAAGUCGAGCGUUUAGUCCAUCUCGAACUCGCAGGUGCCGGUCUUCGAGUAAGCGACAAGGCGAACUGUGACGCUUGCGGGAAAGCCCACAAGGAGUGGUUCGAGAUCGAUGCCAACAAGCAUGGAAUCUCAAUGGUGGAUGAGGUUAUCAAGCGCUGGUCGGACUACCUACUUCCAGUAGGUGUAGAAAGGAUACUGAUUUAUGAAGUAGAUGGGAUGUAACUGACGCUGCCUAUUCCGGCAGUUCAACCGCAAGUCUCGUGCUCUGUACAACUGCGUCACUUACGUCCUUGGGUUACUGUCGCAUCU